CCUAAACAGUCCAUGCCGAGUAGCCACAUUGUUAAUGCCAGGCUUGCCAGCAGUGCUUCACCAUGGCUGAGAGCCAACGGCUCGUCCUGUCCACACCAGAGCUGCUCGAAUAUAUUCUCCUUUACCUUGAUAUCGAAUCCCUGCUGACCUCAGCCCAGCGAGUUUGUCACUCCUGGACCAGGUUGAUUCAAACUUCCCCGAGGCUACAGCAGGCCCUGUUCUUUAAGCCCACCCCACCAGAAAAGUGCCGCGAAAAGCUGCGUAAUCCACUCCUAGCAGAACAUUUUUGGAAUUUCUUUCCCUAUCACCUGGACCCAUUCAGCAUGAGAGAAUACACCUACCGGAUGCUGUCCUGGGGGGAGCAGAGUGACAGGCGCCAGAAACGUUUCCGCCGCGAAGCUAGUUGGCGCCGGAUGAAUUGGAUCUUUAAGCGCUAUUAUCACCCAUGCGAUGCCGCUCCCACAACUCACUGGGUUACUGAUGGGGUUCAGAUGGAUCUGAUAGGGCUAAGGAUGAAUAUGCUCUACGACCUUGUCCUUGACAGCAUUUUGGGAAGCCUACACCAGCACUGGAUCUGCUGGGAGGGCCAUAUGCCUCUACGGAUUCCCUGGACGGCGUUAACAGGGGAGUUCAUGUCUGGUCUUGCUUGCUUGGAGCUGCGGGAGGAGAAGUUCAUCCCCAGGGAAGAUAGCGACGACGAGUAAUGACAUAUAAAGUCACUUAUCUAUUAGUUUUUCUCACCAUCGGAUGGGCGAUCACAGU